AAAACCGUAGUGCCGUUUAUUGAUUCCCGUACGGGAUUGUAUUCAUCUUCUACGGGAGGAAAUCUAUAAAUCAGGCUUAAUAAUUCUUAACCUCUAAUAGUUGUGUUUUGUGUUGUUCACUGAGUUGCCUAAGGCACAGGCAAAAUGUAAAUGGAUUUUUUUUGAGGUUCAAAAUUUUUGUAAGGCUAAUUAUUUGAGAAGGAUAAAUGUUAAUGUGCAUGUUAAGUGGUUUUUAAAAAUUUUGUCCCUCAUCAUUCAUUAAUUCCAAUUUGCAUAUUGACAUUAAUUCUUCACCUGUCACUGGUAAAACAUGGACUUGGAUUCUGAUGAAGAAAAUGUUAUUGACGAGGACUUUUAUUCCUUUUUAAAUUUACCCAAAGAAGCAACUAAAGAAGAAAUAAAUAAUGCUUACCGACGAUUAAGUUUGAUGUACCACCCUGAUAAACAUGUGGAACAAGCAGCCAAAGAAAAAGCUGAAGUUUUAUUUAAUAAAACCAAACGAGCAUAUGAAGUACUAUCUGAUCCCCAUAGACGUGCCAUUUAUGAUUCCUUGGGGAUGAAAGGUCUAGAAACUGAAGGAUGGGAAAUUGUUCAACGAACUAAAACCCCUGCAGAAAUAAGAGCAGAGUAUGAGCAACUGGCUGAAGAAAGAGCAGAAAGAAAAAAACAACAAAGAACCAAUCCCAGUGGAAAUAUUACUGUCUCCAUAAACGCCACUGAUUUAUUUAAUCCUUAUGAUGAUGACUUAUUUGAUGAUGAAUAUGAGGAUGAUUUGCUUUCUAAAAUACCUAAUAUUGAAGUUUCUUCAAUGCAAUUUACUCAGUCUGUCGAUUUUCCAUUAACACAAAAGGAUACAUGCACUUUGGCAGGUUCUUUGCAAACUCAAAAUGGAACUGGAGGAGGAGGUGUUAAUUUAAGCUGGCGGCAUAUUUUUUCACAUAAAAGUUGGGCAGAGGUGGAAAUGACAGCAGGUGGAGGUCCAGGUUUAUCCUUGAAAGGUUUUAGAACAAUUUCUAAAAGAUUUUUUUGGAAUGGAGGAACAAUAUUACAAUUUACUCCUGAUGGAAUUAGGCCUGGAAUAAUGUCGACUUUAGCAAUGCAAAUUGAUAAACAUUCUGUUGGAUACAUAACCUAUCAUGGUGGAAUUCGUUCAUUAUUUUCCACAUCAGUAGUUAGAGACACAGAAAACAAUAGAUACAAUUUUGGAAUACAAGUUGGGGUUCCUCACUCGCAUAUUUCUCUACAUUAUACUAGAAAAAUGAAUCAGCAAGAACUAAAAUUAAAAAUGGCUAUAAAAGUGGGCACAUUUGGUGGCAUUAUUGAAUAUGGAGCCGAAAAAAAAAUUUCAAAGCAUAGUCAGUUGUCAUUUGCGGUAGCUUGUGGUGUGCCUUCUGGCGUUAAGUUGAAAAUAAGACUUACAAGAGCCAGCCAAGUAUAUUCCUUCCCAAUUCAUUUAUGCGAGGAAAUAAUGCCGGCGCCCGUUUUUUAUGCAUCGAUUGUUCCUAUUGUGGUGUAUAUAGUGGUAAAAAAAGGCUUUGUGGAACCGUUUCUUAAAGAAGAAAAAAGCAAGAAAGUAGAAAAACAAAAACAAAAUAACUUUAACAAAUUAAUAGAAAAACGCAAGGAAGCUAUGGCCGCACAAGAGCUGAUGACGGCCUCGUUUAACAGAAUUAGAAACGAGGAAGAGAAUAAAAAGGGUUUGGUUAUUGUUAAAGCGAUAUAUGGAAAAUUAAUCGACACGAAUGCUCAAGGUGAUACAGAAUUGUCGAAUGAAGUUAUAGAUGUUACAGUGCCUGUGCAAUGUUUAGUCAAAGAUAGUAAAUUAGUUAUUUAUGAACAUGGAAAGAGUGAGUUAGCAGGAUUUUUUGACCCGGCUUUAGGGGAAGACAAAAUGCUGCACAUUAUUUAUAAUUAUCGUGAUCAGUCACAUGAAGUCACAAUUCCUGACAAUGAAUCUAUAAGGUUACCUAAAACAACCCAUAGGACAAACGUCACAUAGUAUAAGACUAAUUUCACCAAAUGAACUUAGUUGAAUAAAAUUAGUUGAGUGAUAACUUAUAUAGGCAGCAAAUAAUGGUAAAAUUUGUACAUUACCUGUACCAGUAUGGAGCUGCUAAAAAUUUGUUACAAAUUAAUUUUUAAAAAAACAAUAAAAUUGUUACUAUUUU